GAAAAUCGGGAAUACGGGGAGGUGGAGCUUCGUUUCCGCAAUGCCAGAAGCCGUCAGAAUCGCUGAUCGAAUUGGCGGCUUACCUGCGACCGUGUUAUCUACUUCAUGGACUCUGCAAUGAUACACUUACUCUGCGGCUAGUCAAGGGUACUGAGAUGUUUGUACAACAAGAAGGGAAAAGAGCUGUUUGUGUGAGUAACGUUAGCGGUUGGAACGUCUGUAGCACACCCUAGGGCGCCGGGGGCCCCUUGUGCAGGAGAAUGAUCCAAAGUGUGAUCAGGACCUAUAUUUUCAAGAUAUAUCAGCAUCUGUUUCACCCCUAUGGAGCCUAACAGGACAUUCAACGGGAGAACAAACACCCGUUUCGGAUAACUGGUAUCGUAUGCGAUCUAGGACCGAGGCCUAAGAUUAGGCCUGCAAGGCGCCAGUGAGAGCCCUCAUCGUUCUGCGUUGGUAAUCGAAACGCGGUAUGUAAAAACAUGUGGACACGUAAAUGCAACAUGUUGUACGAUGUGAGAAGCUAGCUUCUUUCAUCGUCCCCGCAAACGUGCGACGAGCGCGUUCAAGAAAGAUCAUCUCUGUGCGUUCACCUCUGCGUCAUCCUCUGUGACCGCUUAUUUUUACUGUACUGUCUCUGACCUGGGCCGUUCGCCGUACGAUGGACAACUUCGACUUCAGCCGCGGAUUCCUGCAGCACUUGGAAUCGUUGGGAGGAGCGCGGCUGUUGCAGCAGUCUCCCGACCAGGAGAACGAAUGCAGGCCUCGCAGGUCGCGAAAGAGAAGUCAUCGGUGCGUGCAGCAGCAUGUACAUCAAAGACAAGCGGCCAACAUGCGCGAACGUCGCCGAAUGCAGUCCAUCAACGACGCCUUCGACGGGCUCCGGGCGCACAUUCCGACGCUACCGUACGAGAAGCGGCUGUCCAAAGUAGAUACACUUCGCUUGGCUAUCGGGUACAUUGGGUUUCUCACCGAGCUGGUUGAUACCGGGCGGCAUCCUGGAGAUACACUGCAGCAGCAAGCGCAAGAGCAGCAGGCUAAAAAAGUUAUAGUGCAAUGCCAGAAAGGGAUUCUGAACGGCUCCUAUUUGCCUCUGGCCGGUCACUCCCUUUCCUGGUCGUCGGACAAGCAAGGACCCACCGGUAACAUCAUGGUAGCAAAAGUGUGGACCCCCGAAGACCCUCGUAAAGUUCCUCAGCGAAAGAAACCUGGCAGUGAACCCUAGCCGAUUGUGACCUGUGAAACUUACGGCUUCGUGCAAUACCAACAAUCCACUUUUGGACGACUGUUUUAAAAUUUCUUUCACGCUUUAUGAAAUUGUGGUCUUGAGGGACUGUGUGGACAUACGUUUACUUCAUAUCGGUUGCAAUACGCUCUAGAUGGCCGGCAGAGAUGUAGAAAUUACAGUAACUCCUAGCAGAAAGAAAUGCUUCAUGCAAUGUGGACAUGCUUCAGGCAAAGGGAUGGAAUUGUAUCUAACGAGACUCCUGUAAGGUAGACA